GCCAGUUGUGAAGAUAACGGUCCUGGAUAUGGUGACGAAUGGUUGUACUACUUUGAUGAUAACGAUACUAGAUUCAUAAUGAACUUUUCUCGGAUUCCUCAAACAACUGGAGGCAUGCGAUUUGGUGACGCCUACUUUAAUCUAUACACAAGAAAUAAUAUCGAAACAGCAGAAAGUCUUAUUAUUGAGAAGAAUAACAAUAAAUCGAGUAUAAAUAGUACUUUCUUUGAUAAAACUAAAGAUGUUAAAGUUGUAACACACGGAUGGCUUUCAACGGACAAAGUUAAUUGGGUACAAGAAAUGAAGUUUACAUUCCUCAAAGAAUAUGAUUUGAAUGUCAUUACCGUUGACUGGGGUGAACUGGCGAAAAAUAAGUUCUAUCCAUGGGCAGCUUUAAGCACUCGAUACGUUGGGAAACGCGUUGCCAAAUUAUUAAGUGUUAUAACGGAAACUUACGAAAUCGAUUUCGAAAAUGUUCAUUUAAUUGGACACAGUCUAGGUGCACAAGUUAUGGGUUACGCUGGAAUGUUUUCAAAUGGUUCAAUUCCACGGAUUACAGGCUUAGAUCCUGCACGACCUCUGUUUGAACUACCCAAAAUGCCUAACGAUUAUGCGCUAGAAAAAAGUGACGCAUCCUUCGUUGAUAUUAUACAUUCGGCGGCAGGUACCUAUGGGUACAAAGGAAAUUAUGGGCAUGUUGACUUCUACCCCAAUAGAGGAACUCAAAUACAGCCGGGAUGUGAAAAAGGCGAGUUCACUUUAUAUUUGAUAGUAGCAUCUUAUUAG